UGUUAUAUAAUCGUGGUGGUAGCUGCCAAGCAUAGUUUCCGAUGUGAAUUGUAAUGCACAUAUGAAUAUGCAGGGGUUGACUAACGAGCGUAUGAUUGAUGAAGUAGAGAAGUAUGUGGAGCACCUAAAGUUGAAGUACCCUUAUUGGAACAGAACCUUGGGUGCUGAUCACUUUUUUGUUACUUGUCACGAUAUCGGUGUCAAGGCUACUAAAGGAGUUCCACAUCUGACGAAAAAUUCAAUUCGAGUGGCUUGUUCAUCAAGUUAUGACGACGAUGAUUAUGUUCCACAUAAGGAUGUUACCCUCCCACAAGUUCAACUGCCAUUUUUUCACCCUCCAGGAGAAAAUGACAUCAAGAAUAGGAACACAUUUGCUUUCUGGGCUGGUCGUUCUGAUUCAAGAUUGAAAGAUGAUCUAAUGGCUAUGUGGGACAAUGAUACUGAACUUGACAUACAGAACAAGAGUUGACCUUCGAGCGACUGGUCCAGUGGUAUACAUGGAAAAGCUUUAUAAAUCCAAGUUUUGUUUGUGCCCUCAUGGGCCUGUCGGCAACAGUCUUAUCGCAGACUCAAUCCACAU